GGCGCUGCUGCUGCCGGCGGAGCCCCGCCCGGGGGGGCCCCUGGAGACCGGGGAGCCUCCAGGCAGGCGGGCUCCGAGUGCUGGGCUGGCCCGCGAGGGGCGCAGCCUGCGGGCGGGGAGGGGUGGAGGCCUGGCGGUGGGGCCCGGCCGGCCCUCGCGGGGCUCCCUCCAGGGCGGCGAGGACCAGGCCGCUCCAGAGUCCGGCCCCCCACCGUGGCGGCAUCCGCCCCUCAUCGGCUCGGCCCGGGGUGCCCCGCGGGAUGCUGCUCCGAGCCCCGCAGCUGCCCUCCCUUUUGCCCCUCGGAGGCUGACACAUCCGCAGCCAAGUGCCCGCCCCUGUAGAAGGGCAGCAGGCAGGAUGGAGGUCUCCCCGCGCCGGGCCGCAUGCUGGAGCCGGGCGUGCCCCUCCCCUCGGCCGGACGGUCAGGCCUCAGAAGACCAGCACCGACUCAGUCUGGAUGGACAGCGGUGGCAGGAGUAGCCUUGCUCAUAACUGUGACUCUUUCUAAAAAUCUCUGUGGGGUUCCUGAGCUGAAGGUCUGUGGGAGAAGAGAGACCCUCGUCUUAAAAGCUGGGGAGCCCCUGUUUGCAACUGUCUCAGGUCUGCACUCUCCACUGAGAGCUUCAGAAGGGUCCUCCUGGUCCAGGCCCUGCCACCCACCUCACCCAGCUUUCUUUCCAAGGAAUCCCAGCAGCAGGCAGAUACUGGGUGGUGCCGCAGAAUCGGUCCAGGGCAACGGUCCAUGGGUGGACUGGGGUCUCUCUUCUGUUGAACACAAUCUAAAAUUGUUCUCAGAGUGAUGAUUGCUGAACUGUUGCAUUAAAGAGGGCUUUGUAGCAGUACCAACAAAAAAUCCAGAUGGCACAAUGAAUCUCAUGAAUUGGGAAUGUGCUAUUCCAGGGAAGAAAGGGACACCGUGGGAAGGAGGCCUGUUUAAGUUACGGAUGCUUUUUAAGGAUGACUAUCCCUCCUCUCCCCCCAAAUGCAAAUUUGAGCCACCCUUAUUCCAUCCUAAUGUGUACCCGUCAGGCACAGUGUGCCUGUCCAUCCUAGAAGAGGAUAAGGAUUGGAGGCCUGCAAUCACAAUUAAACAGAUCUUGUUAGGAAUUCAAGAACUCCUAAAUGAACCAAAUAUUCAAGACCCAGCUCAAGCAGAGGCUUACACAAUUUACUGCCAAAACAGAGUGGAAUACGAAAAGAGGGUUCGAGCACAAGCCAAGAAGUUUGCACCAUCAUAAGCUCCUGUCGUACUGCAUCUUAAAGGAAGGGAUUAAUUUGGCAAGAACUUGUUUACAAACCUUUUGCAAAUCUAAUGUUGCUAUGUACAAUUAAUAGUCACUUAGGGGAGGGGGUUGUAUGUGUGCCAUUUUCCAUAUUCGCCACUUGUACACAGUUCUCAAUUGGCUGAAUUGCCCCCGUUUUUCAUACAGGGUCUCUUCCUUCAGUCUUUUGUAUUUUUUGAUUGUUAUGUAAAACUUGCUUUUAUUUUAAUAUUGAUGUCAGUAUUUCAACUGCUGUAAAACUAUAAACUUUUAUACUUCUAUAAAUCCACUAGUAUCUCUAGUUUCUUUGCUCUCUGAUGCAGGCAUGCUUUAAACUGUUUAGAAGUAUAUUUUGCCUCUACCUGGCUGUAUGAAGAAAAAGAAAAUGCUCUCCACCCCCUUCCUCCCCCCCUUAAUUUGUUUUCUACCAAUAAGGAAUUAGGUUGUUGUUGCUUAAAAGCCUCUGAUCCAAAGUCAGCCAGCAUCUUGAUUCUGCGUCACUUCCUUUGUGUUUAUGGCGUUUUUGUCUGUGUUGCUGUUUAGAGUAAAUAAACUGUUUCUAUAAAG